AGAAUUUCUGCUGCCUGCCUCAUACACGCAAUUUGAGCCCCAUACACGCCCAGAGGCCAUCUUUCCGGACUACUCUGGCGCUAUUCAACAUUUCUCUGGCACUGUUUGCAGUCCAAAAACACAGGCUGGAGUUGAAGCCUUACAUAGAUGUACGGAGAAAACCGGAAAGUAAUCACCUGGAUCAUUUUAUUAAGAAAUCUUUCUCUUCCAUGCCUAUGAUGUGGAGUCUCUGGAUGCUGCUGGGAUUUGCUCUCAGUGUGGAUGGCUACUUUGUGCCCGACCAGCACGAGAGUUUGUCCCACGGGCGUCAACUGAAGAUCAACCUCCCAAAUACUGCUGAGACUCUGGAGUUCAUCCCGGCCAAUGAGCCACUACAGACCUAUCAUUACUGGAAACGCGGCUCUGUGUUUGACAAGACCAACAAAGGACAUGUGUCUGGGAAAGGAUCCGAUAGGCGCUGGAUUCUGGAGAAGGUGACAUUCGACGAUAUGGGCACCUAUGUCCAGAAAAACUACUGGCAAAAUGUGGUCUCCUCGCUGAAAGUGUCUGUGACCAUCGUUCGUGUAUAUGAGAAGUGUGUGGCUGGCGAGGACCUCUCUAUCUCACUGGCUGGCAUUGCCAAGGAAGAUGCCCAUCUCUUCUUCUCGGGCGCUGAAGCCAACGUCACCCUGGUGCAACACGGGGCGGUGGUGGCCCAGGACCUCCCGGCCUACUGGAACAGGGUCAAAACUUUUUCCGACAAAAUCAGAAUCCAGAAUGUCAACACCUCGGACGUUGGGACCUACAGGCUGACUGACAGGAAAAACAGAGUGAUCUCCAUAGUCAAGAUGGAACUUACAGACAAACAUGAGUAUGAAGGCAACCCCCUCAUGGCCCUCCUCCUCCUGCUGGGGAUCCCCGCUGGUAUCUGCUGCUGUUGCCGGAAGAAGAUCUUCCAGAAGAAAGCCCAACACACCACCACCGUCAUUCAGGGGGGGACCACCGAGAUCCUGCACCCCCCUCCUCCCGGGGGUCCUUCCCCAGGCUACAACGUGCCCGGAGGUGGGGUCUACCCUGGACCUGGUGAACCAGGAGGUUACCCUCAGGUACAUCCUCCCCCAAACCCCGGAGUACCAGGCCAGCCUCAAUGGACCGGACCCCCACCUCAACCAGGGUUCAGUCCUAUGUACCCCCCCGCUCAGCCCCAGCAGUGGAACGGUCCACCACCCAACCCCACCCAGGACCCCAUGUACCCCCCCGCCCAGCCCCAGCAGUGGAAUGGACCACCACCCAACCCCACCCAGGACCCCAUGUACCCUCCAGCCCAGCCCCAGCAGUGGAACGGUCCACAGCCUAGCCAGCCACAACACAAUCCUAAUGCACCUACUAUGGGGUACACUCCAGUGACAUACAACGCCCUAUCUUCUGGGGAGGAGAUGAAGAUGGAGAACAGGACCCCUGCUGAUCCCCUGCUCCCCACACAACCCCCCCAGGUUUCAAUGCCCCCUGCCCCUGUCCCUCCACCCUACUAUGAUGGUCUUCAAAGCUCAGGAGAAGCCUACCAGUUUAAUGUUGACACAGGAAAGAACACCACCAACAACUACCUUUAGGGGUCUUUUUUACUCUAAAACCAGAUUGGGUCAAUUUACCAGCUCCAUUUUUUGGCUACAUGUUGACAAAAUGUGGGGUAGUCACAAAAGGGGACUAAUGCAUUUAUGAAUUGUUACCGCAAGGUUCAGAAAAGCACUGUGGUAUUCAGCCCACUGUAGAAUCAGGUUAAGUCAAUAUUCCAGAAUCUCAUUUUAAUAUGUGUCAGUUACAAGUAAUACACACACGCACACCGCUUCCCUUUACCACCAUAACAGCUCAAAUUCUUUGGAGGCAUGUAUUUAAAAGCAUUCAAACAUUUCUGAGUUGGUAUCAAGCGAUCUAAUGUGUGACAGGAAAUCUUUCCCCACAGCAUUAGACCACCACUCGCCUAUACUGUUGACACCAGGCAGGAAGGGGCAUUUGACUCAGACGGAGCUACUACUUGUUUUAGGUGAUUGUUUUGCGGAGCCUAGUUUGGUCAUCCACAGCAAUAACUCAGCCUUGACAAGGAAAGAGAACGUGUGCCUUCACAGGUGCCUGUCUUCACACCACUUGUAAUAUCCCAAUUUCUGUCCUGCCAGUUAGUUGACCUGAUUCUUGUCAUUCUCCUGCAACCUCUGUCGUUGACAAGCUGUUUUCAACCUCAGGAUUUCCUCUUGCUAAAAGGUUUUUCAUUUGUUGUGCCCAGCGAGGUAAACCCUAGACCCUCUAGAGCACAGGUGUCAAACCGGUUCCACGGAGGGCCGAGUGUCUGCAGGUUUUCGCUCUCACCUUGUACCUGAUUGA